AUGAUGUCCUCAAAUAUACUCUCGCGUUUCUUGCCACCUACAGAUUCCCCGUCCGUUUAUGAAGCCAUCCGCGAUAACGAUGCCGGCUCCGAUUCCUCCGAUCUCGAAGAACGUGCAGGGCUGGCCCCGAUAGAUGAUCAGGAUAACUUCAGUGAGGGGGAGCUAGCAGAUGCGUUGGCAAAUGCAAGAGAUAGCGAUUUCUCCAGUCCAACAGCAGCUUUGCUGACCCGGCCCUCACAAAAGAAUGCCUCUCGGGGCUCCCCAUCAGUCUCCCGUCGUCGCAAACCGUCCAGACCCCGAUGGAUGAGACAGGCAUCAGUCCAAGGGUAUGAGCUUGAUGAUGCAGAUGGGGAUGUUCCACAGUCACUUUUGGUAGAAGGACAUGACGAUGAAGACUUGAAGUCACGAUUGCCUCCCCCUCCUCAGAUGAUGCCUAGUCGCUCUAGGACCCCCAGCCCUCAACCAUCACCACAUCUUCCACAACAACCACCACGCUGGGCCUCAUCACGGAAUCGGCAAACAUCCGACGCUGAUAAUCGUCACCCGUGGACUAGGUGGCUAUCUGGACAUCAUAUAACCCUUGCCAAUAUUGACCCCAAGAAGAAAGCAAUGUGGCGCUGGGCGAAUGUGGAGGAUCUAGAUAACUUUUUGAAAGAUGUCUACAUUUAUUUUCUGGGUAACGGGCUUUGGUCGAUUCUUUUGAGUCGUACUUUAAACCUGUUGACGUCCGCUUUUGUCGUUGGAUUCUCUACUUUCCUCACCAACUGCGUUGAUUAUCACAAAGUUCGCGGGAGUAAGUCACUUGAUGAGAUUUUGGUUCCCAAAUGCACAUCGCGAAUGUCUGGAUCGACGCUAUUCUUGCUAUGGCUGUUUAGCUUUUUCUGGAUUGGGAAGCUUUUUCAAUACCUGCUAGAUAUUCGCAGGCUUCAGCAUAUGCAUGACUUCUAUUACUAUCUACUUGGAGUCUCUGACGCCGAAGUCCAAACUAUCUCGUGGCAAGAAGUAGUCAGUCGGCUGAUGUCGCUACGAGAUUCUAAUCCAUCUACGGCUGCAGCUGUAUCUGCGAGACACCGACGGUUUCUGGGCAGUCAAUCAAAACAGCGGAUGGAUGCUCACGACAUUGCGAAUCGCCUUAUGCGCAAAGAGAACUUUAUGAUUGCUCUUGUCAAUAAGGACAUUUUGGAUCUCACACUACCGAUUCCAUUCCUUAGGAAUCGACAGCUUUUCUCCCGGACAUUGGAAUGGAAUCUCAACUUGUGUAUCAUGGACUAUGUUUUCAAUGAACAAGGCCAGUUGCGGACGUUAUUCCUCAAAGAUACGCAUCGGAGAGCACUGAGUGAUGGCUUACGACGUCGUUUUAUAUUCGCGGGCAUUAUGAACAUUUUUGUUGCUCCAUUUAUCGUUGUCUACUUCCUGAUGCAUUACUUUUUUCGCUAUUUCAAUGAGUUCAAGAAGAACCCAGACCAGAUUGGAUCUCGUCAAUACACGCCGCUGGCGGAGUGGAAAUUUCGAGAAUUCAACGAGCUUUGGCAUAUGUAUGAGCGGCGAACCAACAUGUCCUAUCCAUUCGCCAGUCGCUACAUUGAUCAGUUCCCCAAGGAUAAGACUGUCCAAGUGGCUCGGUUUGUUGCGUUCGUUUCCGGCGCAUUAGCCUCCGUGCUGGCUCUUGCUUCUGUGGUGGACCCAGAACUAUUCCUAGGAUUCGAGAUCACCCCCGACCGCACUGUGCUUUUCUAUUUGGGUAUUUUUGGUACCGUUUGGGCAUUUGCACGCGGACUGGCUCCCGAAGAAACCGACGUUUUCGAUCCUGAAUACGCCCUCCUGGAGUUGAUCGACUUCACUCACUAUUUCCCUUCAACCUGGAAAGGGCGAUUACACAGCGACGAUGUUCGCAAAGAAUUUGCCAUUCUCUACCAGCUGAAGAUAGUCAUCUUCCUAGAAGAGAUUCUCAGUAUGAUUUUCACACCGUUUGUUCUCUGGUUCAGCCUACCAAAAUGCAGUGACCGGUUGAUCGACUUCUUCCGCGAAUUCACUGUCCAUGUGGAUGGUAUGGGCUACCUCUGUUCCUUUGCCGUCUUUGAUUUCAAAAAGGGCACGAAUGUCAUGUCUCAAGACCGCCGAGACACCGGUAAACAAGACCUGCGUGCCGAUUACUUUUCAACUAAAGAUGGCAAGAUGCUCGCUUCAUACUACGGGUUCUUGGAUCAUUAUGGUGCUCACAACCAACCGGCAGGCCGACGGCCAUUCCAUCCUCCACCCAAUUUACCCACAGUUGGCACUCACGAACUAGGAGGUCUUCACGAUCGCAUGGAGCCCCAUCAGUCUCGAACGGGACCUGUCGGUAUGCCAUACGGUCAGUCGCUCGCUGCAUCCAGGUUUCGCCAUGGGACGACCGGCGAAAAUCGCUCUCCCGCUCCUUCAAUGCUCUUAGACCCGCAUAAUCAGCCAUCUGCGACGGGGUUCCGUCCCGCAGCCCGGACUGGUCAAUAUCAACGCUCUCGCCUGGCUCGCUCGCAGCAUCCUAUCGAAGAGCCCAUUGAAGAUGAAGAAGAAUUGCCCUCUCAAACUGGUGCUUCCCCUCGACCGCCAGAUCCCACUGGUACCUCCAGUGGCGGUGUUGGUACAAGCGGUGGAGAUCUUGGCGAUUCAUGGCGCAUGAACUCAUUAGGGAAAGACGACGAUGAAACGGCUGAGGACAACGAAGGCGAGAAUCUGGAUGAUAUCGCCGGCGGUGCAGGUGUGCUGGGUCUUAUUCAGCAAUUCCAGAAGGCCAACACGGACGGACGACGAAAUACGGUCGGAAUAUAG